GGCGGGUGGUGACUGGACACGAACUUGAGUCUCAAGCUACCUACUGCUCCAUCGACUCACUACCCGAUUCUUCCACCGCGAAGCACUCCCGAACCUCAGCCCAGGCCGGGGUGCACGAGCCCGCCAGCCACCUGCUCGCCCCGCCCCUUCUAAGGUCCCAGGUCCUGCUCCCCGCAGCCGUCACCCCACACACCAGCCCCAGCUCGUGCCAGGAACGGUGGGCAUCAAGAUGAAGGCGGCACGCUUCGUGAUGCGCAGCGCCGGCUCCCUGAUACCCCGCGAGGUCGAGCAUUUCUCGCGCUACAGCCCGUCCCCCCUGUCCAUGAAGCAGCUGCUGGACUUCGGUUCAGAAAAUGCAUGUGAAAGAACCUCUUUUGUGUUUUUGAGACAAGAGUUGCCUGUGAGGCUAGCCAAUAUCCUGAAGGAAAUUUAUAUCCUCCCUGAUGGAUUAGUAAAUACCUCUUCAGUGCAAUUAGUUAAAAGCUGGUAUAUCCAGAGCCUGAUGGAGUUAGUGGAAUUCCACGAGAAAAGCCCAAAGGACCAGAAAACAUUAUCAGAUUUUGUAGAUACUCUCAUCAAAGUUCGAAAUAGACACCAUAAUGUAGUUCCUACAAUGGCACAAGGAAUCCUAGAGUAUAAAGAUGCCUGUACAGUUGACCCAGCCACCAAUCAAAAUCUUCAGUAUUUCUUGGAUCGAUUUUACAUGAACCGUAUUUCUACCCGGAUGCUGAUGAACCAGCACAUCCUUAUAUUUAGUGACUUACAGACAGGAAACCCAAGCCACAUUGGAAGCAUUGAUCCAAACUGUGAUGUGGCAGCAGUGGUCCAAGAUGCCUUUGAGUGUUCCAAGAUGCUUUGUAAUCAGUAUUAUUUAACAUCUCCAGAAUUAAAGCUCACACAAGUGAAUGGAAAAUUUCCAGGCCAACCAAUUCAUAUUGUGUAUGUUUCAUCUCACCUUCAUCAUAUGCUCUUCGAACUAUUCAAGAAUGCAAUGAGGGCCACAGUUGAACACCAGGAAAAUUGCCCUUCCCUGACACCAAUUGAGGUGAUUGUUGUCUUGGGAAAAGAAGAUCUUACAAUUAAGAUUUCAGAUAGAGGAGGUGGUGUUCCCCUGAGGAUCAUUGACCGGCUCUUUAGUUACACGUACUCCACUGCACCAACGCCUGUGAUGGAUAAUUCCCGGAAUGCUCCUUUGGCUGGUUUUGGUUAUGGCUUGCCGAUUUCUCGUCUCUAUGCCAAGUACUUUCAAGGAGAUCUAAAUCUCUACUCUUUGCCAGGAUAUGGAACAGAUGCUGUCAUCUACUUAAAGGCUUUAUCUUCUGAGUCUGUAGAAACACUCCCAGUCUUUAACAAAUCAGCCUUCAAACAUUAUCAGACGAGCAGCGAGGCUGGUGACUGGUGUAUCCCAAGCAAGGAACCAAAGAACCUGGCAAAGGAAAAAGUGGCUGUGUGAGGAGAGACCCUCAGGAUGCUUUAAGGGAUCAAAGUGGGUCUAUGCCAGUGCUGCUUCCUGAAUGUUUGCAUGUGAACUCUUGUUUUCUGAAAAA